GCCUCUGCGCGUAAACCCCGGGCGCGUGCAGCCGCCUCCGGGCCCCGCCCCCGCGUCUCUUCCUCUGCCCGGCGCUGACGCCGGCCCUCGCCGCCAGUCGUUGACAGCCGCCGAGCUGCGAGCUUCUUCUCUCCCGCAGAGGCAGGGACUCCUGAAUAUAUUUGAAAACUGAACAGUUUCAGCCAAGCCGAAGCAUUCUGUCUUCCCAGGGACACAAAUCCAACUUAGCUGAGCCAAAGCAGAUGACACAAUUUUGGAUGAUUUUCCUGGAUUUUCCAGAUAGAAAAUCAUACCUGGGACUUCCCUGGUGGUGCAGUGGUUAAGAAUCUGCCUGCCAGUGCAGGGGACACGGGUUCGAGCCCUGGUCCAGGAAGCUCCCACAUGCCGCGGAGCAACUAAGCCCGUGCACCACAACUACUGAGCCUGAGCUCUAGAACCUGCAAGCCACAACUACUGAAGCCCGUGUGCCACAGCUACUGAAGCCUGCACACCUAGAGCCCGUGCUCCGCAGCAAGAGAAGCCACCGCAAUGAGAAGCCCACGCACCGCAACGAAGAAUAGCCCCUGCUUGCCACAACUAGAGAAAGCCCGCACACAGCAACAAAGACCCAACGCAACCAAAAAUAAAAUAAAUAAAUUUAAAAAGAAAAAGAAAAGGGCUUCCCUGGUGGCGCAGUGGUUGAGAGUCCGCCUGCCGAUGCAGGGGACACGGGAUCGUGCCCCGGUCCGGGAAGAUCCCACAUGCCGCGGAGCGGCUGGGCCCGUGAGCCAUGGCCGCAGAGCCUGCGCGUCCGGAGCCUGUGCUCCGCAACGGGAGAGGCCACAACAGUGAGAGGCCCGCGUACGGCAAAAAAAAAGAAAAAGAAAAUCAUACCUGGCUAGAACCUCCAUAACAGUCUAAAAUAGCAGCAAUUGCUUGCAUUCUUGUCUUGUUCGUUAUAUUAAGGAGAAUGCCUUUCCUCUUUCAGUUAAGAUAAGUCAUCAUGGUGAAAAGCCACAUAGCCAAUUGGAUCCUGGUUCUCUUUGUGGCCACGUGGAGUGACAUGGGCUUCUGCAAGAAGCGACCAAAGCCUGGAGGAGGAUGGAACACUGGGGGGAGCCGAUACCCAGGACAGGGCAGUCCUGGAGGCAACCGCUAUCCACCCCAGGGAGGGGGAGGCUGGGGUCAGCCCCACGGUGGUGGCUGGGGACAGCCCCACGGUGGUGGCUGGGGUCAGCCCCACGGUGGUGGCUGGGGACAGCCCCAUGGUGGUGGAGGCUGGGGUCAAGGUGGUGGUACCCAUAAUCAGUGGAAGCCCAGUAAGCCAAAAACCAACAUGAAGCAUGUGGCAGGAGCUGCUGCAGCUGGGGCGGUGGUAGGGGGCCUUGGCGGCUACAUGCUGGGGAGUGCCAUGAGCAGGCCCCUUAUACAUUUUGGCAGUGACUAUGAGGACCGUUACUAUCGUGAAAACAUGUACCGUUACCCCAACCAGGUAUACUACAGGCCAGUGGAUCAGUAUAACAACCAGAACAGCUUCGUGCAUGACUGUGUCAACAUCACAGUCAAGCAGCACACGGUCACUACCACCACCACCAAGGGGGAAAACUUCACUGAGACGGACAUCAAGAUGAUGGAGCGUGUGGUGGAGCAGAUGUGCAUCACCCAGUACCAGAGAGAAUACCAGGCUUAUUACCAAAGAGGGUACGGGUUACACAGCAGCUAUUGCAUCAAGAAUGGAUAUUCGUGCAACACUAGACUUCAGGGCAGAGGACAUUUUCACAGGGAAUGAACAUAACUAACAUAAUAUGAAAGGCUUCUGAGACUAAAAAUUUCCAGCAUAUGGAAGAGGUGCCCUCGGAGACAGCCUCCCAUUUUGGAUGUUUAAAGCACCUUUAUGUGGUAUUCUUUUCUUUAGUAAUGUAAACUAUAGAUAAUGAAGAUACUUUAAUUAAACUACCUUCUGGACA